AUGGUUCUUACAGAGAACACCAGCAGACCUUCUCCAGCUGACAAAAGCCACAAGCAGCGAGUCCACAGCCUACCUUCCCCACCUCUAUGCUGUGCGUGCGGCCUGUGCGUCCUGCUGGCCGGCAUCAACGUCACCCUAGUGGGCGCCUUUGCUUUUGCCACCUACGCCCCCGCAGCGAACCCGUCAAUUGUAAUAGGACCGCUCCUCUUGUUGACAGCCGUGGCUUUCUUCGCAGCGUGCUGCGUGGCGAGCAGUAGACGCCCUUUCGCUGCCGGCUCGGCCUGUGAGGUCAAAGCAGGUGAGAGGUGGCGGUUGAUGCAAAUGGGGGCGGCCUUCGAGAUGGAAACCAGUGAGCACACACUGCAGGACACCACGGGGGGCCAGUUGAGCCCCACCGACUCGUCUGACUCCAUCCACGGAACUCUGCCUGCUUCAACCUCAGAUCCUGAAGUGCAAGUACAAUGA